ACACCUCACGUGCAUGCCUGUGUGUGCGUACAUACAUAUAUCUCUUCUGGAAAGGGGCAGUUUCAAAGGAGACGGAUUAGAUCAGCCUGGAGCGAAAAGAGAGUCUUGGAAUCGGGGAGCCGCCCAAAGAAAAAGCGGCAAGAGGACGAAAUGAAUCCACAAGGUGGAAAGGCUUUUGGGGUUCUGAAGACCCAGCAGGAGGAACUCCUUGACUCCCUCAACAAGGAAUUCCUAGAUGACCCUAAAUACAGCACGGAUGAGGACCUUGCUGAAAAAUUAGAAUUAUUUAAGAAGAAAUAUAUGGACUUUGACCUCAAUGCACAAGGGGAUAUAGAUAUUAUGGCCCUGAAGCGCAUGUUGGAAAAGCUGGGUGCAGCCAAGACCCACCUGGAGCUGAAGAAGAUGAUCACCGAGGUGACCGGAGGGAUGAGCGAAACCAUCUCCUACCGGGAUUUUGUCCGGAUGAUGCUGGGAAAGCGAUCGGCUAUCCUUAAAAUAAUUCUGAUGUAUGAAGAGAAAGCCAAAGAAAAGGAUGAGAAACUGGCUGGGCCCCCUCUAAAGAAAAAGAUUUCAGAUCUUCCUUAAACAUUUAACUCCCACCCUCUUUUAUUUUAAAGCAUCUUGACAAACAGGCUUAUUUCAAAUACUACUUUUAAAGUCCUGCCA